AUAUAUAGGCAUAUAUAAGCUUCUGCAUAAUACUUUUAAACAAAACAUUUUACUAACUAAAAAAACGAUUUAAAAUUUAUCGGAAGUGUGAACUGGCUUUAUACGCAAAUUAUUGUUAAAUAUUAAAAAAUACUGGUAGAAAUAUCAAAAUAUGGCUAAUAAGACUUUCUACAUCCCUGCGUUAAUUGGAGUACUCUUUUUAUUGAGUUCUGUUACUGCGCAGGAAAAGCCGGUAACCGACAUUUGCUUAGGAUGUAUAUGUGAGGCUAUAAGUGGUUGUAACCAGACUGCGAUUUGCUCGGGCGGUGUUUGUGGUCUUUUUCGAAUUACUUGGGCCUAUUGGGCUGACGCUGGUAAAUUGACUUUGGGCAAUGACUCAAUCGAGCGAGAGCUUGACUAUUCUAACUGUGUAAACGAUCCAUAUUGCGCUGCUAAUACCAUACAAAAUUAUAUGACACGUUUCGGUCAAGAUUGUAAUGAUGACAAGGUCAUCGAUUGUUAUGAUUACGCUGCUAUUCAUAAAUUGGGCGCAUAUGGCUGUAGAGGGGAUCUGCCUCAUCAAUAUUAUCAGGUUUUGGAUACAUGUUUGAAAUACCAUCAAAGUGGUAAUCACUUGGACGUACGCAGUGAUGCCAAGUGAAAAAUUUGCUAUUAUUUGUUAAAUUUGUUUAAAUAGUCUUUCAAUUUGAAUUUAACAUUUAUUAAUAAAGUCUAUGAACGUG